AUGGACCUCGCUCACGGUGAGCCCGUCGCGCAGUCGACCCAGGACUCUUGGGCUUCCAUGCCCAAGCGCAAACCAAUACCGGCGGCUGCCGCUGCGGUGGAACCGCCCCAAACAGUGAGCGAUCAAGAAAGGCAGCCGGAGCCAAAAGUGGAAUUGAACACGGUCCAGACGAACAAACCAAGAUUCUCUGCUGGUGGCAUGGCGAUCUGGUGGGCGUCACAACGACGAUCGCGCAAAGUCCUCCUCGCUGGUAUAGGCGCGGGUCUCCUAGUGAUUGCUCUGGUCAUUGGGCUUUCGGUGGGCUUGACAAGAGGGAAAAAUCAUUCAAAUCUGCCACUCCCCACGAGCCAUGGGGGUCCCUACUCUGGUGAUCUCACGUACUACAAUCCAGCAUUGGGGUCAUGUGGGCUCACCAAUACCGACUCCGAUAUGAUUUGCGCCGUCUCACAUCUUUUGUAUGAUGCCGCUUCCAACGGACCAAAUCCAAACACGAAUCCUCUGUGUGGAAUGAAAUUGAGACUGCGUCGCAAUGGUGAAAGUGUGGACGUGACCAUUGUUGAUCGGUGCGUAGGCUGCGCAGCGACUGACUUGGAUGUGACGGAAGCAGUCUUCAAGAAGGUAGCCGAUAUAGACCAGGGUCGAGUCAAGGUGGAGUGGUCUUGGCUUGAGACGCCGCCUGUUUCUGUUCCUUGA